CUCUGCCCGUGUCUCUGCUGCAGCCCCGUGUCUCCUGCCUCUGUCCCUUAUCAGCAGCUACUGCCAGCUUCACCACACCUCCUCCUCGACCUUUGCUCCGGGCUUGUUUUUCCCUCUGGACCGGGGAACCUCGGGCUCACUUUCACUUGCUGCCUGUCCUUUCCAAGAGCCUCGCCAUGUGCACGGGAAAGUGUGCCCGCUUCGUGGGGCUCUCCCUCAUCCCCCUCUCCCUGGUCUGCAUUGUGGCCAACGCUCUCCUGCUAGUGCCCAACGGUCAGACCACCUGGACCAAGGACCGCCUCAGCUUGCAAGUCUGGCUCAUGGCUGGCUUCAUCGGCGGGGGCCUGAUGGUACUGUGUCCAGCAAUUUCCGCUGUCCGGGCAGGGGGCAAAGGCUGUUGUGGUGCAGGCUGCUGUGGGAAUCGCUGCAGGAUGCUGCGAUCGUUCUUCUGCUCGGCGUUCGGGAUGCUUGGUGCCAUCUACUGCCUCUCGGUUUCAGGAGCUGGGCUCCGAAUUGGACCACAAUGCUUAAUGGACGGCUCCUGGGCAUACCACUUCCAACAGACCGCAGGCUCUUACCUGCUCAACCGCACUCAGUGGAGCUUGUGCGUGGAGCCGCCUGGUGUGGUCUACUGGAACGUGACGCUCUUCUCGCUGCUGGUGGCCGCCUCGUGCCUGGAGAUUUUGCUGUGUGGGGUGCAGCUGGUGAACGCGUCCAUUGGUGUCUUCUGCGGCGAUUGUCGGAAGAAGGAGGUCGCCCCUCACUGAGGCUCCACGGACCUGGUCCGUCGCUCCUGGACACCCGCCUGGCCCGCCCCCUUCCUGGAAUAAACUAUUUAGAGCUCUCUUCCGCGUCUCAGAUUGUGCCCUUUACAAGGAGUGUCCGAAGGUCUCCAGAUACACCGUGGCUUGGGGCUCUCGUGUUUGGGACCCUUGCACCCCCUUUGUUAUUUCCUUAAUAAAUAGUUAUUGAACUAUUAGUGCACUG